UUCGUUUUCGAGGUAAAAGGGUAAAGAGAUUCCAUUAACAAAGCAACAAAAGGAGAGAGAGAGAGAGAGAGAGAGAGAGAGAGAAGUAGAAGUUGUGGAGUUGAAUCAAAGUUUCAACACAAUCUUGACUUCUCUGCCGUUUGCAGUAAAAAAGUUGCCCUAAAAAGUUGUCUGCUUCGUGCUUUUGUUUUCCCUGUGGUCUCUUUUUCCAGUUGAAAAUGAGAAAGAAACAUGUAAAGCUGCCUUUUGGGUUUUGCUUCUUCUACUUGAUGUGUUUGCCAUUGGCUACAGCCUCUGACAGUCUUCUCUCUCCCAAGGGUGUCAACUAUGAAGUGGCUGCAUUGAUGUCAGUGAAGAGAGAGAUGAAGGAUGAGCUGCGAGUGAUGGAGGGAUGGGACAUAAACUCCGUUGAUCCAUGCACUUGGAACAUGGUCGGUUGCUCCGUUGAGGGCUUUGUAAUCUCCCUUGAAAUGGCCAGCACGGGUUUAUCGGGAAUGCUUUCGCCGACUAUCGGGAACUUGAGUCACCUUCGUACACUGUUGUUACAAAACAAUCAGUUAUCUGGUCCUAUCCCGAUGGAGAUUGGGAAACUCUCAGAGCUUCAAACUCUUGACCUUUCGGGUAACCAGUUUUCUGGAAACAUUCCAAGUUCUUUGGGGUUUCUGACUCACCUAAGUUACUUGAGGCUUAGUAGAAAUAAAUUGGGCGGUCAAAUUCCUAGACUUGUUGCUGAUCUCACGGGUCUUUCAUUCUUAGAUUUGUCAUUUAAUAAUCUUAGCGGUCCUACUCCAAAAAUACAGGCAAAAGGCUACAGCGUUACAGGGAACAGCUUUCUUUGUAAUCCUUCAUCAGCAGACUCAGCACAAAUCUGCUUUGGCGUCUUCAAACCAGUACAUGAGACAGGCUCAUCAAAGAAAGCCAGCCAUCACCACCGAUGGGUGCUUUCUGUUGCUAUAGGCAUUAGUUGCACAUUUGUCAUUUCUGUGAUGCUACUUGCUUUUUGGGUGCAUUGGUACAGAUCUCGUCUUCUCUUUACAUCUUAUGUGCAGCAAGAUUAUGAAUUUGAUAUUAGUCAUCUGAAGCGGUUCACCUAUCGGGAAUUGCAAAUGGCUACCAGCAAUUUUAGUUCCAAAAACAUCCUAGGACAAGGUGGAUAUGGAGUCGUUUAUAGAGGAUGUCUUCCAAAUAGGACAAUGGUGGCAGUUAAGAGGCUGAGAGAUCCGAAUUUCACUGGAGAAGUGCAGUUUCAAACUGAAGUUGAAAUGAUUGGCUUGGCUUUGCACAGAAACCUUUUACGUUUAUAUGGCUUUUGUAUGACUCCGAAUGAGAGGUUGCUUGUUUAUCCUUUUAUGCCAAAUGGGAGUGUUGCUGACCGUUUGAGAGAGACCGGUCGAGAAAAACCGUCAUUGGAUUGGAAUAGAAGACUCUGUAUAGCCCUUGGGGCUGCCCGAGGACUAGUAUACUUGCAUGAACAGUGUAAUCCAAAAAUUAUUCACAGGGAUGUCAAAGCAGCAAACAUUUUACUUGACGAAAGUUAUGAAGCUAUAGUUGGGGACUUUGGUCUUGCUAAGCUGUUAGAUCGGAGGGAAUCACAUGUCACUACUGCAGUGCGGGGCACUGUGGGACACAUAGCACCAGAGUAUCUUUCGACCGGACAGUCUUCUGAAAAAACUGAUGUUUUUGGAUUUGGAAUACUGCUUCUGGAACUCAUAACCGGGCAAAAGGCAUUAGAUGCUGGAAAUGUUCAAGUUCAGAAGGGAAUGAUUCUUGAUUGGGUUAGAACCCUACAUGAGGAGAAGAGGUUGGAGGUGCUAGUAGACAGAGAUCUUAAAGGAUGUUUCGAUGCAAUAGAGCUGGAGCAAUGUGUCGAGUUGGCUCUACAAUGUACUCAGUCAAGUCCCAUCCUCCGGCCAAAGAUGUCAGAGGUCUUGAAGAUUUUGGAAGGCUUAGUUGGGCAAUCAGGACAUACAGAGGCAUCACAAGGAGGAAACAACAUUUUUGACGCCAGGGCUUGUGAUUUCUCCAGGAAUUGCAGUGAUGUGCAUCAAGAGUCUUCUUUCAUCAUUGAAGCUAUGGAGCUUUCGGGACCUCGGUGACAGGAAAAUAUCCAAUUGCACCGUCAAAGUAUUAACUGUAAAUGAAUUUGGCAUUUUGUUGAGAGUUACUAAGGUACUAAUUAUAGAGUUGUUUCCUAAUCAAAACAAGUGACUAGAAUGAUGGCACAAUAGACACUAGACAGCACAUUGAAAUGAGAUUGAACAUGACACUAGACAGCACAUUGAAAUGAGAUUGAACAUCCACUUUACCAA